AUGCCGCUACUAUACUCAACGUCACAGGCGGAGGCCUACACCGAGCCGCCGAUCCCCGACGGGUGCAUCGCGGAGGUGGCGGAGGCCGACCGGGAAGCCGUGCGCGCGGUGUACGCGGCGCUGCCCGAGGGGAUGUUCUCCUGGCACGACGACAACGCGGCGCUGCCCGAGGGGGUGUUCUUCUGGGACGACGGCAUGUUCGACCAACACGGAAACGUCACGUACUGUUACAUUGUGCCCUCGCCCUGCGACUGGAUCUCCGACUUGAGCCCGUUCCAAUGCACGCCCGCCGGCCGCAUAACGGGCAUUUUUUCCGACCCGAGCCGCCAGGACAUGCCCGGGCCCGUUGGGAGCGGAGGAAGCUGCCCGCCCGGCGCGCUGUCGCCCGCCAUUGGCGACCUCGCGGAGCUCUCGUCGCUUGUUUUCCGCCACUCGUGCCUCGCCGGAAACCUGCCAGACUCCGUCACGCGCCUCCAGAAGCUGACGGAAAUCGUCAUGCCCGAAAACAACUUCUCCGGGCCCAUUCCGCCGGGCCUCUUCCGCCUGCCCGCGCUCCGCCACGUGGAUCUGAGCACACUCAGUACCGACCCGGAUUUUCAACUUCCGUUUCAAGGCCUAUCGGGGUCCCUUCCUGACGGGCCCGACGCGUACUCUUCGUCUUUGGAAGAGGUUAUCCUGUCCGGCAACGCGCUCUCGGGGGAGCUUCCGCGCGCCCUUCUCCGCGCGCCUGCGCUGCGCCAGUUGGACCUGCAGAGCAACAACUUCACGGGGGAACUCCCAGGUGAUGCGGGCGCGUAUUCGCGGAGCAUUACUGCGCUCAUCCUGCGCAACAACAGCCUGUCCGGCGCCAUUCCGCCCGCGCUGGCGGAGAUGACGGCGCUGGGGAAACUCGACCUGGGGGAGAACCGUCUAUCCGGCGCGGUGCCCGCUGCGCUGCGCGACUCCCUCAAGGCGCUCGACGAGGUGCGGCUCGACAGCAACGCGCUCACUGGGCCGUUCUGCGACGCGCUUCUGCCGGCACGCGAGCUCUGGCUGGGCUUCAACGACCUGGGCGGCGCCAGCGGCGGCGGCGGCGGAGGUGAGGAGGAGGAUGAGGGCUCUCUGCAGAGCUGCGUGCUUCCCGCGAAGCUACAGCUACUCAGCGCUCCGCACGCGGGGCUGCGGGGGGACGUUCCGCCCGACCUGUUCCUCGCGACGAACGCGCAGUCGGGGCGCAGGCUCUUUCGUGGGUUUAUGAUGGACCUGAGCCACAACAGCCUCUCGGGCAGCCUGAAAGCUUUCACGGUGCUUCCGUCCGGGGCUUUGGAUCUGUCGCACAACAACUUCUCCGGCGGCAUUCCCGAGGCGUUUUACAGAGAAUUUUCGCGCGUGGACCUGCGGUUUAACGACCUGCAGGGGCCGCUGUUCGACGCGCGCUCGGACUCGCGGUAUGGUCAUUGGAGUUACGACUGGGACGUGCUGCGCGUGAGCAACAACAGCGCGCGCAUGGCGGGCGCCGUGGGCGCGGGGUACCUCCCCGCGCCGGCGCCUGACGUGCGGACCUCCGCUGCGGAGACUGCUGCGCUGCUGGCGGUGCGCAAUGCACUUCUGGGGGAAGCCGCAGGAGGUGAAGCAGCGGGAGGAGCAGGGGGGGGCGCAGUGGCGAAAUCGGUGGCGGAUGGCGGAAACAGCUCGUGGGCGGAGAUACUGCGCAGCUGGGACGCGAGCAGCAGCAGCGCGUGUGCGUGGUACGGCGUGGGAUGCACGGAAGACGGACACGUGGACACGCUGCACCUGAUAGGCGCUUCUAAGGUCUUGCUGCACCCCAACUUCGUCCCGGAAUCGCCCGAAUGCUGGUACGACCAGUAUGGCGACCAGACAUGCGCGCACGACGUUCCGCCGCCUCCCAAUACGGUGUGGUUCUUCCUGCAGGGCCUGCAUGGCGGCAGCGCUAGCUCCGGCAGUGCGAGUGGGAGUCUGUCGGAGGCGUUGGGGCAGCUGACGCAGCUCACCUCGCUGCGCAUCUCCGGGCACGUUCUCUCCGGCGGCCUGCCGCCGACCCUCUCACGCCUCUCUCACCUCGUCGCUCUCGACCUCUCCUCCAACCGCCACCUCUCCGGCUCCAUCCCUCCGGGCCUCUUCGCCCUCCCCUCGCUGCGAGAGCUCUCCCUCCGCGGGAACAACCUCACGGGAGAGGUCCUCCCGACCACCACUGCAGCAGCAGCAGCAGCAGCAGCAGCAGCAGCAGCACUGUCUCUGUCACCGAGCUUGGAGAGUUUGGACGUGGGGGGGAACGCUCUGUCGGGGUCCAUUCCAGCUGCCGUGAGUCUUCUGGCGGGGCUGACGCGCCUGGCGCUGGACCACAACCGGCUGGACGGCAGCUUGCCAAGGGAGCUCGGCGCGCUCUGGAUGCUCACACACCUGCAGCUGCAGGGGAACGCCCUCCAGGGGGACGUCUCUGCACUCGCUGCCGCCUUCCCCCCCCCUGCUGCUGCUGCUUCUGCUGUUGCCAGCGAUGGCAGUACCGCCGACUCUGCUGCCUUGUGGGGCCUCCGCGGGGUGUUUCCGCUGCUGACCCGUCUAGACGUCAGCAGCAACGAGCUCUCGGGCGAUGUAGCCGCGCUCUUCCCUCUCCGGCCAUACCUCCACACGCUGAACGUCUCACACAACCGUCUCACGUGCAGCCCCAGCAAAGCCUCGUGGAGCACCACCUACAUGGACCUGUCACACAACCGCAUCCGCACCCCGCUGAAAGACCUCUUCGGGAACUCCUACGGAUUCUACUCGAGGGUGCUGCGUCUGUCACACAACCAGCUGUCGGGACCCAUCCCUGCCCCUCUCCUGGGACGCAUAUUGUCGGGCGAGUUGGACCUGUCUCACAACCUGCUCACGGGUUCAAUUCCUGCCGUCACAGCUUACACGGAGACGCUUGAUCUGUCGUACAACCAGCUGUCUGGAACCAUUCCCAAGCUCAUUGGCUCCCUGAAAUCUUGGGACUUGUCCCACAACCACCUCACCGGAAAAGUUCCACCGACACCGCCUGGCAUGGUGCAUCUGAACGUGAGCUGGAACCAGCUUGAUGGGAUUGCCACGUGGCAAGAUCAAGAUGGUCGGUGGUUGGAAAGUCUGGACGUGUCUCACAAUGCAAUGGCUGGAAAUCUGCCGGUUUUGGGUCACAGAUUUGGGCUGCUGAGCCUGACCUACCUGGACCUCUCCUACAAUACAUUCUCUGGCACUCUUUCAGAAAAGUCCUUCCCAUUUUGGGGGAACGUGACAGCUGCUCCAGCAAGGAUGGUGCAUACGUGUGGGGCAGAGGUUCGGCUGAGCCACAAUGAGCUCACUGGGAGCAUCUCUAGUUCCGUCUUCUCCGCGUGCCUCUCCCUGCUUGACCUCUCCCACAACCAGUUCUCUGGCCCCAUCCCAGUCCCUCCCCAAGGGAACAGCCAGAGCUCCUCCCUCGUCCCCCUCUCCCACUUGGACCUCUCUUCCAAUAAACUCACAGGAAGCAUCUCCAAUGCUCUUGUCACCGGCCUCACAGCCCUAUCCCACUUGGAUCUCUCCAACAACCUGCUCUCAGGCUCUCUGCCCCGCUCACUAGCCCUCGCCCCCGCGCUCACCCACCUGGACCUCUCACGCAACAAGCUCAAGGGCUCCCUGCCUGCCUUCUGCCAGGGCAAGCAGCGCCUCGCCUCUCUCCUCCUCUCCUCCAACGCUUUCUCCGGCCCCCUCUCCUCCCUCCUCCCCUCCUCCUCCUCCUCCUGCGCCUCCUCCCUCAUCUCUCUAGGCAUCUCCAACAACCAGCUCUCCGGCUCACUCCCCGAGUCCCUCUCACGCUUCACCACUCUGCACUCCUUACAAGCUUCGCGCAACCGCAUGAGUGGCAGCAUCCCUGCAGGGCUGGCGUCGCUGACAGCCCUGCAGGAGCUGGACUUGUCGUGGAGCGGGCUGUCAGGCACCAUCCCUGCGCUGCUGCGUGCUGCUGCCCCCUCCCUGCAAGUGCACCUCGCUGGCAACGCCCUCUCUGGCUCUGUCCCCCCCUCUCUCUCCGACCUGCCCACCUCCUGCUUCCGCCCCGGCAACCCCAAGCUCUGUGGGAAGCCCCUGCCUGACUGCAAGAAGCGCUCUACCAAGCCCAGGAAGGGCCGCGUGUAG